AAGUCCCUUUCCGUGGAACCUGCUUACCCGCAACAGCUGAUCGAAAAAGACGAUCAAUACUCGUUUUCCCAUAAAGUAUUUGCAAAUUUGGCUCAUUGGUUUCAGAUUAGAGUUGUAAUUUUUUGUUGGAGCAGCUGCACGACCCGAAAAUUUUAAUUCGUGUCACGAGACAUUGUGAAGUUCUUCUAAGUUGUGAUUGUGCCCCCUGCUCCUCCUCGACUGUCCCAAUUAAAUAUCCUGUCAUAGGGUCCUCUUCAGUACUUGAUCGUAGUCCAUGUCUUGAUUAUAGUGUGUCAACAUAAGAAAGUAAAAGUUGUUACCGCAUUUUUAAUCUUUUGAUUACAGAGAAGAGCCUAUUUCUUGAUCUAGAAAGAGAAGGGAAUAUGAUCUGGGCCGUUCCCGCUACAGCACUUGUCGCCUCCGGAGACGCUGUAGCCGUUCAUGCUCGAGCGCUUGUUUCUCGUGCGCAUGUGGAAUGAGGAAUAUCUGGCUGGUUGAUGGGCACCUCUUGGCGACCCGAUUGUAUUUUGCGGACAAGGCGAGCUUCGUACCCAAUUUUUGCUACUUUCUGGAUGGGAUCUAUCGGCGCGCGACACGGGAGUCGCCGUCGGCGCAGCUGGUUACGAUAUGGGACGCUGGCGCUCCCAGCUGGCGCGCCGACGGCACACGCCGCACCAAAGGGGUUGGUCAGACCGGUUACAAAACUGGACGUCCACCGCAAGAGAUGGGACUGCGAGAAGGCAUCCAAGUUAAGAAUAUAGAUGGGCCCUACUUUUAUCAUGAUGAGACGAGACACGACGCGUGAUAAUUAGUUCUUCCAUAGGCUUGCUCAAGGCCAGUAUCAAUCUCUGAUUAAUGACAACAGAGGAAGACCUAACUCAACCAUUCAUUUUUCCAUCGCAUCAUUCACAUUUCGUUUUAGGUUCUUUACAUGCUUGAUCAUGUUCUUAGCAUUCCAGGAUAACGUUCCUCUAAGAACAUUUUACAGCGGGACUUUUUUUGGAGUAGAGGAUGGCUGUCUCGCAUCGCUCCGAGAGGACUGGAGGCUGACGAUGUGCUUGCAAAACUCGCCACGAAAUAUAGUCACGGAAAAUACAGGCUAGCAGAGGACCAGGAUACGCCCCCCGCUACCGUUGUGUCCGGCGACAAGGACCUUCUGCAGGUGGUUUCUCUCGGUUGUCGCGUGUACGAUCCCUUUCAAUACCCCGUACUGGCGGAAGAGCAGCCAGAUGCUGCGGGGGUGAAUCUGAAGCGCAGUUCCUCGGGUAAAAGACUAUCGAACUCCCUCAACGGAAAAAGGAGAGCGGCAUCGUCACCCGAAGGGAGAUCUACCGCACAAUCAGACGAAGCAGCAGAGCCUGACCCGGACCAGAGCAGUAAAGACACGACUAGUAGUACCUCGUUGUUCUCUGAACCUCCUGCGCCGGGCAUCAACGUUCAUACAGCGUCAUACACGACAGCCCCAGAAGAGUCGUAUUACAGAGGAGUCUUCAUGACGAAAGAGAUGAUCGAAAGAAAGUGGCAGGUCCCCCACGACCGCAUCGGCGAGUAUUUAGCAAUUCAUGGGGACGCCGUAGACAGCAUUCGAGGCGUCCCUGGUGUUGGUAAGCUUACUGUGGGCAAACUGCUGAGUCACCCUCUCGCGAGAGGCCUUUCCCUGCCGGAACUCAUUCGCAACGAAUCACUGCUCUCCAAGUGCGGGCUGAAGCCAAGAUACAUGUACAAUUUAGCGGGAUUCUCAGCUCUGAAUUUUACACUGAAUAUGAAAGAAAUCAAUCUGGGUCGUUGUUGUAGUUUAUCAGAAUGUUAUUGGGUUUCCGCUUCAGUCGAUAGAUAAUCAAAAAAAUUCACAGCAAGCUUCUCCGCGCCGGCUACGAGGAUGCGCUGCACGCGUUCGAACUUGUGCGCUUGCCGCCGCCACGCAAUCCGGCUACUGCGGGACCACUGGACGAAGUGUAUUCCUGGGAUUUGCAUCGCGAGUGCGAAGAGGCUUUUCAGCGGCGGGACAAUGCGAAGUACCACGAGUUUUGCCAGCGUUGGGAUGUGAAUCUUCUUGCCUUUCGCAGUGAUCGAGAGUUCAUUCCACCUGGCUGGAUGCGUCGACGGUCACGUAUAAGCAACAUAUCUUCGUCCUCUUCAGAUUGGAAUUCUGAAGCAAAGAAGCGGAUGAAAGCUUCAAAUGGUGCGGGGGCAACUAGUCAUACAUCUCAGGGUGACGAAUGGGCUACGGAUAUUUCAGGAGGUCACGCCGACGACAAGAGUGCUUUUUCUGCACUUUGGAAUGAAGUGCAAGAAAACAGUAAGAGUUUCAACUUUGGUGAAAAUUUCGCUCUCGAUGCCCAUAGAGCCGAGUCUUCGGGUGUUGGAACUGCGAGUGAACAGCCUUCUUGGAGUGAGCAGGUACGUAUCGAGCACGAGGCAGCGGAAGCGCGGCGACGUAGAGACGAGCAUCAAUUCGCCUCGGAGGUUGUACUUGUAGUUGGAAAUAACUCACCUGGGCCGUUUGGCAGUGUUUUCUCAGAUUUCGUGUCGUCCGACGAAGCGUGGGAAGCUCAGGUGAUGGAGGAUGAGGAGCGCCUGGAGAUGCUGGAAGUCGGCGCAAUCUGGCCACCAGUCGAGGUGCGGGAAGCAGUUGCGAAGGAGCGGUGUGCAGUGACGGAGGAGCGCAGAGGUGACCAAGAGGAAGCUGUCCCCAAUCGCCUCCGCCAGUCGAAAUCCGCGAAAACGUGAUGAUGCACGAGCUGCUACAACAAUUUGCAUAGUUUCACUCGCUUUCUUGCAUGCUCUCGUCGCGGCCGCAUAUCUACGAAAUUUAACAUGUGCAGUAAAAAUAUUGAUUAUUCGACAUAGCUCAUCUGUCUCAGUCUCAUUCAUCGUAUGACUCACUUCAAAUAACAUUUUUGUCUGCAGGUUCGAAUUUGCAUUGAAAUUGUUGUCUGCUACAACCGUGAUCAUCGUGCUUUGUCGCAUUGGACUUAUAUUGAAUUUGCUGUCUGUGAAAACUGAGACUGCGGAGUUGUUUAAUACCAGCUACGCUCCCGUGAGACAUGUUGACUCUGUGGAGUCCCUGUCAUACGUAGACUUCUGUGCAGCUCGGAGCUGAAUACCUAUGUAUAAAUGCUGAACUUUCGAAGAAACUGGUUUUGUCGCACCAAAGGCAAGCCGCCAUCCAAAAUAUUGAGCUAUUUCCUGUUCGCACUUGAAAAUAUGGACUGCAUGAUGAAAUAGAAGAAGCUGGUUUGAAUUAUAGAGAGCAGGAG